UUCAGCAGAAACGGUUACGUCAGUAUCAAAUGUUAUUUAUUCGCGUUUUCAAGUGUUAAUUAAUCAUUACCGUGUCUCCGUGCAACGGAAAAUGUUGGAAUCAACCGUUCAAGCAUUGGCAAAUGGCAGGGUGAUUUUAGCCAGUGGAUCUCCAAGGCGGCAUGACAUAAUGAAGCACUUGCGUAUAAGCGCAGAGAUAAUACCAUCCCUGUAUGAUGAGAACCUGGACAGGUCCAAAUAUGACAAUCAUGGGGAAUACGUUCAGGACAUAGCCAAGUACAAGGUGCUCGAGGUGCACGAGCGUUUAAAAGCAGAUCCAGUGUCCCCAUUGCUGAUCAUAGGAGCAGACACAAUGGUGACAACGGACAAUGUCAUUUAUGGGAAGCCGCGUGAUGAAUCGGAAGCUUUUCAAAUGUUAUCUAGCCUAGCAAAUAAGCAACACGUUGUCUACACUGGCGUAUGCCUAAAGACACCAAAGACCCUAAUCCAAUUCUACGAAUCCACCAAAGUAAAGUUUGGAGAUAUAUCUGAGAGACAAAUAAGAGAAUAUAUAAAAACUGGUGAACCGAUGGACAAAGCCGGAGGAUACGGCUUUCAAGGUACGGGGGGCUGCCUAAUUGAGAAAAUAGACGGUGAUUAUUACACUGUAGUAGGUUUGCCGUUGUAUUCGCUGGCCAAGCGAUUGAACCAAAUAUUUUCCAGCGUUUAGCAAUAGUUUAUUAAUUGUGAAUUGUGAUGAAUAAAAGUUUCACUACAUGCUUAUUAAGCCAAAAUGUAAUAAGAUUUGCGGUAAAAAAAUUAGAAUCGCUCAUAUGUACGAAGAAUUAAAGUUGUCGGUACUUGAAACGCGACGGUUACUGCGGGGAUAGAUUUUAUUACGCUAAAAGCCACGUAAAUCUGCAAAUUCCUGUAUUUGUACAUUUAAUGGUCCGACAUUCCGCCAUAUAAUGGACGUACAUAAAUGCGUGUUAAUAUUGAUAUCGCGUUCAUUAAUAUUCAUGAUUAUAUCGCGCGUUGUCAAAGACACAAAGCGAAACGCUCGUCGAGAUCGUAAUUAAAUUAUUCAACAUAGAUUUCGUUAUCAUUCGUAAAAACUUUCUCCGCAUUUGUGUAAAUCUAAUCUGUGUAAAAUAUAUUGUAUUAUAUUAUACAAUUUGUUCCAUACACGGUAAAAUCGGAGAAAAAAUAAACAGAUCGUAAUCGCCGUGACGUGUUUUAUCGUUUUCUGAUAGCAAGACCUGAUUUAUUCAGGAUUAAAUAUUUCGUUUAAUCCUUCACAUUUUAAGGAGAAAAAAGGAAAGCGAACAUUGCAACGGUGAAAAGAAUUGUAACUCUUUUGAAAGAACGACAAAGUGUCUGAUUUCGCGAUAACUUCUACAACAAAAAUAUUUUUCGUUCUUUCAAUGAAAUAUAUCGAUUUGCGAUAUACUGAAAACAUUGCGAUAGGUUAACGAUAAACCCGAUAAACAUGAUAAAUAUAAGAGAUAGCCGAUUUAGUCACUCUUAGCAGUGCAUGUCUGAACGAAAUAAAAGCUACGUUUUGAAGAUUAA